CCCAGAUCUCCUGACCCCCCCCCCAACCCCUGCAAAGGGGUCCCUGAAGCCUCUUCCCGGACCCCCUCUUGCCCCACGGAGGCCCCAAGAUGCCCCUGGAGCCCAGGCCCCCGGGGGCCAAGGUGGUCCCGGCCUCCAGCCUCCAGGCCAAGUCCCAGGUCUUGAGCGCCAAGUCCCGCUCGGCGGAGGUGAGGGCCACCCCAAAAGGACCGGCCUUCUGGAGCAAGUCUUCGCCCCAGCUGCGCCGGGAGCUGCCCAAGCCCCCCAGCCGGCCCUCCUGGGUCUCCUGGGCCCUGCAGAACAGGAUCCCCGGCCCCCCAGAUGUUUUGGGCAUCUCCACCUGGUGGCAAAUCUGGGCGCUGCUCUUGGUGGCUCUUUCCUUGGCCUUGUUCUGCACUCUGCUCAUUUUGAUUUACAAUUACACCCACGUGGCGACAGAAAUCAUUGCCGAAUCUAAACUGCUGCAGCGUUCAGAGAAGAGGCUGAAGAUGGCCGUUCAGCAGCAAGCAGAAGGCAGAACCCUGACAUGCAGAUCCUGCAAAAGGCACUGGAUGCAAUGGGGAGACAGCUGCUACCUGCAUACCACUGAGCCCAUGUCCUGGAAAGACUGCUUGAGCCACUGCAAGUCACUCAAAAGCGGCCUCUUGAUCGGGAGCACCGAAGGAGAAAUGGAAUUCCUGCUGUCGGAGACGGUGGACUGGUUCACGAUGCACAACAACCGGCUCCGAGGUGGAAGCUACUGGAUCGGCCUGAUGUACAACACGUCCGACAGAAUCUGGAAGUGGGCCGACGGGGCAAACCUGCACAUCAGGAUGUCUGGAGGCUGGCAGCACGUCUCCGCCAUGGUGGACAUCUGCGUCACCUUCAGCCAAGGUGAUUCGUCCAUCUUUGAAUGCAACAGCAAGCACCAGUGUCUGUGCAAGAAGUCAGUGGAAUGAAGCAGGCAGCAAUCCCGGGUCCAGGCGCCCCGCUCUAGAGGCCCUCACGAAAACAGCAUCCACGGACAUCUCUCGUCAAGGGGCGCAUCUUACCCUACGAAGGCGCAUGGUGUGGGCCUCGUCUUCCGGCCACUGUCUCUGCCAGGGCCACAAGCUGCUCUCUCUGCAAUGGUCGGAGAAGUCAUCCACCGCCGCUAGUGAGCUUCUACCUCUGCCCCUUAAGACUUGUGUUUUCGCUUCGGCCUUUGGAGGCAUGCUGGGCGAGAUCUGCCGAAAUGCAAACUCCCCGUCUGCCGCUGAAAUCCAGUUGCAGCCGUUCUUUUUUACUGUUUGACCGGCCGUGCAUCAGCUUGGCCGUUGGUUUGUUGAUGUUUUCGUUGCCGUUCUCAUGUGCUUAUGGUAAACCGCUCUGUGAUCCUGGCAGAUGGGAGGGUGAUCUGGAAGAAUAAGUCAAUAGAUGUUAAAAAUAAAUGUGUAUUAUACUA